AUGGUGCUGCAUCUAUUGAGUCUGCUCAAAAUUACCAACAAUCAUGUCUACUCCAAUAUAACUCCAGUGGACUUGGAUAAACGGAGUUAUCGUGAACGAGCAGUCAAUGACUAUUCGUUAAAGCAUAUGAUAGACGCCACUCGGCAAUAUAAUGGCAGCGACAAUAGUAAUCAUAGAGUACGACAUUCUUCCAGGAGCCCAGUGCGGCAGAUUCAGGAUGCAAACCACUUUUGGGUUACUAUUAAGUUGAAAAGUAGAAAGAAGAAACAAGCUAGACCACGAUCACAGGAGAAACAGACGCAAGAACAAGAACUUAACGGAAUGGAAGAAAUCCAGUUGCCGUACCAAGGUAUACUACGAUAUCCUGAUUGUAUUAUAAACGGUACUGACCCAACUCGAGAAGACCGGGUUAAGUUUGAGAGGUAUCUAGAAGAAGGAACCAUACUCCGAACAAAAGUCACCACAAGAGCGCCAUCAGAAAUAGAAAGCAACGAAGAAUCAACACCUGCACCGGUAUCUGCCGUGACUUUCCGAUCCAAGAUCAACCGAAUCAUGUUUCGUGAUUAUGAAAUAGAUACGUGGUAUACUGCGCCAUACCCAGAGGAGUUUUCCCAAUCGGAAGUGCUUUACAUCUGCGAAUACUGUUUGAAGUAUAUGAAUUCACCUAUGUCUUAUUCUAGACACCAAUUGAAAAACUGCAACUUUUCAAACCAUCAUCCACCAGGGUUGGAAAUAUAUCGAGACCUAAGCACAAACAUUGCAAUUUGGGAAGUCGACGGACGGAAAAAUAUCAACUAUUGCCAAAAUUUAUGUUUGUUAGCUAAGUUAUUUCUUAAUUCGAAGACGUUGUAUUAUGAUGUGGAGCCAUUCAAUUUCUACGUCCUUACGGAAAUCGACGAGGUGAAUCCUAGUAAAUAUCAUUUUGUGGGGUAUUUCUCAAAGGAAAAAUUGAAUAAUUCUGAUUAUAACGUUUCUUGUAUUUUGACGCUACCCAUUUAUCAAAGAAAAGGGUAUGGGAAUUUGCUUAUCGAUUUCAGUUAUCUAUUAAGUAGGAAUGAGUUUAAGUAUGGUACUCCCGAGAAACCAUUGAGUGAUUUAGGAUUAUUGAGUUACAGAAAUUAUUGGAGAAUUACAACUGCUCAAAAGUUGAAGGAAUUGUAUAUGAAAUAUCUUGCGGCACAGACUGAGAAUACCCAAAUUGAGGGGGAAGCCAACAGCACUGAAGCAAGGACGAAGAACAACCCAACUGAUGUUUCGAUAACAAUUGAAACACUUUGUAAACUCACUGGAAUGACCCCAUCAGACGUGAUUGUCGGUCUCGAGCAGUUAAAUUCAUUGUACAAGAACCCAACCACUAACAAGUAUGCUAUUGUAUUAAACCUUAAUCGAAUCAACUAUGAAAUAAAUAAAUGGGAAGCGAAAGGGUAUACCAAACUAGAUUAUGAUAAAUUAUUAUGGAAACCUAUGCUUUUCGGCCCAAGUGGUGGUAUAAACUCGGCACCGGCAUUAUUACCUCCACCUUCUUCAACAUCACCAAAGCCUAAUCAGGUGGUGACACAUAAUAGCAUUUCAUUACUUUCGAACUUUUUGAAAGAUGAUAUAAAUAAUCCAUACACGUUUGAAGAGGAAGGAUAUAAGGAGAUUGAACUUUACCAGGACAUGAACAAGGAUAAUAGGGAUAAAACUGAGGAUUCUCUUGAUGAGUACGUUGUUUGUUAUCCUGGUAUUGUACAUAAGCGGAAGAAUGUAAUUUCCAAACUUAAUGAAGUAAGGGAAGGUGGUGAAGAAGUGGCUGAGGAAAAUUAUGAGGAAUUGUUUGCUGAUAUCGAUGCUGAGUCAGUAGAUGACGAAGAGCCUGAUUUCGAAGAGUAUGACGAGGAUGAAGAGGAAGAAGAGGUAGAAGAAGAGGUAGAAGCAGAGGUAGAGGAGGAGGAGGAGGAGGAGGAUGAGGAUGUAGUCAUAAAUAAGCCACGGCCAAGUUCUAGACCAAGCAGACUUAUCAAAGUAACAGAGGAACCAGAAGAUGAAUAUGAAGAUGAAUUUGAUUCAGAAUCUGACGGGUUUAGUGAGCUUAAAUAUCGCCUACCUCCUAGAAAGAGAAAGACAGUCAGUGUUCUAUUACCACCUCCAGGACAAAGAAAAAGAGGUAGACCUAGAGGAACGUUCAAAAUCUCCAAGCCACCACCACCAGUAAAGCAACCAUCGCUGGAACUGGAAUUACCUGAACGGAGAUUGAGAAGAGUGGCAACGCCAGACGUUGACAAUUCAUCACCUCCCAGAAGAUCAACAAGACACAGGCACUAGAAUAUAUAGAAAAAGUCUAUGUAAUUAUGUAUUAUAUUGUAAUAUUACCCCGUUUUAAACAAUUUACAAGAAUUUUCAAAGAUUAAAUCUAUAAAGCUUUCAAUCUCCUUCUCUUGUUUGAUACCGUGGAUAGUACAAAGAAUCUCAGCAACAUGUCCAACAUUAACUGGUUCAUUACGGGAUACAAUCAUUGGAUGAGCAUACAUGCCUACUUUAGUAUCUAUGUCAGCAUUAGGUAAGUUUUCUAAUGAACUUUGCACAAACUGUCUGUGUUUAGCAUAAUGCUCUUUCUUUAUGGCUGGGAAGGGUAAGUUUUCCGCAAGUUUAAACAUUGGGCCACCAUUCUUUUUGGACUUUUUAGAAUCUUGAACUUCUUGUGGUUCUUCUGGUACCGUGGUUUUGAUAUCUGGAUAGAACUUGUUUGGAUAUGAUGAGAUGUACUUAUAUGAAGCAUGGCUCUUUCUAAUUUCACACCACGGAGCAUCUGUUUCAAUGAGCAAUCUAUCAAUUGGGAUCUUGGAUGCAACUUGAACAUUCUCUUCUGUCUUUAAUGAACAUCCAUUUAUUCCAAUAUAGAAUCCCAAACCUAAGAGCUUAUUUAAUUCUUCUUCAGUACCUGUAAAUGAAUGCACAACACCGUUACCUUUUCUUAUCGAACCAGCCUCUAUGAAUGGCUUGAUUAUAGACACAAAAUCAUCACAGGCAUCACGCAUGUGGAGAAACAAGGGUAAAUCCAAAUGUUUCAAUUGUGCAUGAACUUCAAGUUGCUUCUUGAACAUCUCACAUUGUUGAACUUUGUUAGAAUAGUGCAAUCUGUCGUAAUCUAAUCCAAUUUCUCCAAACGCCUUGACAUGUCCUAACUUGUGUCCUUCUUCUGCUAUAUUUUUCAACCUUGUUAAUUUUUCAUCCACAUCAUCACGUAAAGUGUUUGUAUAUUCGUCAUUAUCCUUGAUGUAGAAUUCCUCAGCAACAGUACAUGGGUGCACACCGGCAGUAGAGUCAAAAUUGUUGGCAUAUUUCUCGCACAAGGUGAAAUGGUUUUGACUUUCUUGGAUAUUGGAAGCUGUGAUCAACAUUUUAUCCACAUUGAACAAAUGUGCUCGAUCAAUCACUUGAUUUAUAUCACAUGGAUGUUUUGAAUGGCCAUUGUACGUCCCUUGGAACAUCCCAUCAGAGAAAUUGACACCGAUGUCGUAAUAUCUUGGUCUCCAUGUUGACAUUUUUCUACAGAACGCUAAACCUCGUUUGAACAUAC